AUGAGCACACACAGAGAGAGAGAAAAGCAUAAGGAAAGGGCGAAAAAUGGAGCGCUUCUUCUCGGCAUGAUUUUGCUGGAAAGAGGGUACAAAGACGCUUUGCUCUCGCAUCGCGGCUGCGACAGUAAUCUGAGCUGCUCUCUUUUGUGUUUGGUUGUUCUCGCACCGAAACGCAUCGCGUCCUUCAUGCAGUUCCUGUUCUCUCCCUCUUGUCUGAACGACCCGGCAAAGAGCUACAGCGUGGUCUUCUACAACACCGAGGCCGACGCCGUACCCGGAAACCCCUCCCCGGUCACCUGCGCCGCGCUCUCCGUCGCCGCCACCAAGCUCACCUGCACCAUCAUCGCCGUCAAUGGCGUCAUGGGCAUGUACCGCUUCCUUGUGAAGGACACCACCAGUGACGCGCUGCUGCUCGGCUCCACGUCGCUCAGCUCCAUCGCAGUGAACCCGCCGCUGCCCGCGGUCACCGGUGCCAGCGGCGAGUGCGCGACGAGCAGUGCGGCGUGCAUCAGCGGUGCGACGCUCACCAUCAAAGGCACGAACUUCAACCACCGCGACGCCCUCUACCAGCACUUCUCCGUCGGCGUCACGAAGGCGCAGCGCAGCGCCAUCCGCCUCGCACCCACCGCCGUCAGCGAGACCGACGUCACCGCCACCCUCACCGUCGCCGACGGCACGCCGGCCGGGAGCUACCCGGUGUUUGUGGAGGUGCAGGUGUGCAUGAUGCAGAUGAUGUCGCCACUGCGCUACGUGGGCAACCUGGUGCUGAACUCCGGCUCAGCUUCAGGGUUUAAUCGCGAUGCAACAAACACUACUGAAAUUCCCAACGUGCCGGUGGGAGUUAAUGGCAGUGGUGCGGAAGAAUCUGCCUGA